GGCUCUCCCAGACGCACACCAGGCCGGCCCUGCACGUCGCCCAACAGCCCAGCUCAUGGCUGGUCCAGCGCUCACCGCGCGCCGAGCCCCGCACCGCCGAUUGUUGCUCCCACUCCUCCUCGCCGUCGCCCUCCUGUGCUCCGCCUGGACGUUCGCGCGCGACGCUCGCCCGAUGGCUCGACGACGCACAGAGCAACUGCGCCGACCACGAUCACCGAUCAAGCGCAGCGUCGUGCCGAGCUCGACCGGCCGGCUGCGCUUUAUCCAAGGCUCGCAGCGCACGUCGCCGAUCGGCGCGACGGUGCAGCGCGCGUGCGGCGAGCUCGAGCCUGGCUUCUCAGAGUGGAUCUCGACGCUCGAGACGCAGGACGCUGCGGCGUGUGUCGAGCAGCGCACCAAGGGCGUCGACAUGGCGGCGCUCGUUGGGUCGGCGAGGCAGCAGUGCGGCUCGUGGUGCGUGUGGGACCUCGCGACGUCCACGAAGCGAGGGUGGCACCUCUCGGACGGGUGUUGGGCGCGCUUCACCUCGCCGCACUACUGCGACGAGUGGUGGUACCAGCGGCCGGGCCACGACGGCGACAGCGAUGGCAGCGGGACCUGAGCGGCGCGAGAAGGAGCGUAUGCAGCAUAUAGAGCCGCUCUCUCGAGCAUGUGCAACUACCUGUACCGGGACUUUCUCGACG